GCCAUUACACGCACAGCAGCCCUUAUCUUGAAUUUCUUAAAGUGUUUUCCAUAAAAAUAAAACAAGAAUAUUUGUUUGUAGAAGUGACAAUGGUAUAUUUUGUUUAGUCAAGUUGGACUGAAUGCCUAAGUAUGGUGAUAAAGUGAACUAGAUUUAAAAUGCGUCGAACCUUCAGAGGUUUUGUUUACUUACUCCUUAUACACAUCUCCGUACAAGAGGAGAAUACAGAGUUUGGAAAUCCAUUCAAACGUCGGGGCGCCUCUCUCUCCGCCCCGCCCUCCACCUCCUCCAGACAGCUUAAUCCCCAGGGUAAUGCUAGACCAGCCCGCCCCCUGGGAAAUGUCAGGCCAGCUCGACAAUCUGGGCUUAACAGCCACACCUCUAUAUCUGCAACUUUUCCUCAAUCCAUUCAAUCUAUGGUUUACCCAGCUCCGUCCUUUAUUUCAUCCCAUCCCAUUCCUCAAUUUUCCUCCUCCAACCAACACCCGUCCUCAUCAUAUCAUUCAUCUUCUUCCUCCCAACCUUCAAUACCUCCUUCCCACCUCCACCCCUCCACUUCCUUGUCGUACUCCUCCCCUCCACGCCCUCCUCCAGAUGUAAGGUUUAUGCUGUCCCGGAGACAGCUCUGGCAGGGAGACCCGGAACCUGAUUCCUCCGAAACCGUGAUCGUGAAAAGUUUACCCGAUCUUUCACGACAUAUUCGGGAUCCGCAAAGGAAUUCUUUUCCACACCGGGCUCUUCAGUCGGAGGUUUUCAGAGGUACAGUUGAGGAGGAACCCCGCUCAUCCUCUCUUAUAGCAGCAGUUCAGAAUAUUCUUCCUGAACCUAUCCCAGCUGUUCCAUCCCUGCCGGUCAGACCACCGUUUACGGCCUUUUCCAGCACAAACCGUCCGCUCUCGAUUGUCUCUGAAUCUAGCCCAGGAAUGGUUUCGACGAACAGUCCCUCCCUCCAGGAAACCACGACACAGGGAGAACGUGGAAUAUCUGCUGCGAGGGGGAGACAGCGGUUCUCCUCUUUACACACACAACGCACUCCAGCAGUAGAAACCACUUCAGCAUCAACCAGGCAAACUACACGAGGUUUAGGACGGGACGGACCUUUAGACUCCAGUAGAGGUCGGAGCAGGGAUACAACACCUUUCGGACGGGAUAAAGAGGUGAUUAUUCCAACCCUAGGCAGGGUUGAAGAUAGUCUAACCACCCCGCUUGAUGAGGGAGGGGUUAGAACUAGUACCGAAGGAGUAGAGGAUUCAACCCUAGAAACACAGGCCUCUGUAACGGAGCAACCUAAAAUAACAACCAGGAGGCCCAAGGAAACCCUGAUCAAGGUUCUGGAAACUACUCGGAAGGAAGAGAUUAUUGAUCACCCUGAGCUAGGCCGUAUCCUGUCCUCUGAUCCAUGUGUUGAGGGUAACUAUGAGAUUGUAGCUGGCCAGGCGCAGAGAAGUUUCAAUCAUCAUCUCUCUGUAGGAAACCUUGCUCCAGUCUGUGAUAGUAAACUGCUCCAGGGUUGGUACAGGUUUGAUUCUCCGGCUGGAAACAUGCUCCCUACAGAGUGUCCCGGAGGAAACUAUUGUGGAACUCAGAUCCCAGUCUGGAUGAAAGGUAGUGUACCAAGUGUAGAUGAGGGUAUAGUACAGACUACUGCCUGUAUAAACCAGGACCGGGAGUGUUGUGUUGCAGAACUUAAUAUCCAGGUUCGGAACUGUAGUAGCUGGGUAUCCUACUACCUGGUUCCGACUCCAGGAUGUUUUAUGGGAUACUGUGUCGGAGAAGGGGUUCCUUGUCCUCCUGGUCUAGCCAGUGCUAACGGAUAUACUCCUUGUGAUUUUACAGUAAAGUUGGUUGAAACAGUUCUCACCCAGGGAACCAACAAUCUCCAGUCCGAGAUCAUCUUCUCCUGCAACACCAUCCUCAAGGACGUCCUGGACCCCGGCAGUAUAGAGAUCGAGGUAAUGUGGUUUGUGGAGGAGAAGAACGUUCUGUCGGAGACAUUCCUGGCCAGUAGUAAGGUGUCCGCUACACUCUCCCAGGAGUACUGGAGUAUGGGGCAGACGAUUCGGUGUGAAUCGCAAGCAAAGCACACCGUGGUCGGGGCUAGAACAGAAAAAAUGACGAGUGAGUCCUUCUUCGCUGGAAUCAAGAUUAUCUCCGGGUACCCCCUGGUAGUGGAGGAGGGAGGACCCCCAUCCAACCUCACCUUAAAGUCUACCGUUCCUGUGCUUUGCUCUCCACAGGAUAGGGUUGGAUCCUGCUGCAUCAACCUGGAGAUAGCGUUGAACCAGGUCGAGGAGAAACAGUACUGUCCAGCUGGAGGAGUUCUAGACAGGGUAUCCCUGCCGAGCUGUGGUUACAAAAUCUGCCAGAACACCUGGAACAGUACACAUCAUGUACCAAUACAAGCUAAACUAGACAAACUGUACAACGGAGAACAGCUGAUGGUUCUAGAUAUCAGAACAGGUGUUGAGUCUAGUGCACAGUGGAAGGAUUAUAUUCUUCCUGUUCAAGAACUUUUAGUUCGUCCCGCUCCUGUUCAAGAGGUUUGUAUCUCUGACCGGAAUAUCAAGACAUUUGACUCCGUGUUCUAUUCACAUAGAGAGGAGGGAACCUUUACUCUGUAUAGACAUUCAACCCUAGAGCAGGAAGUUCAGGUUUAUUACAGGAGGUGUAACCUACGUAAGCUGUGCCACUGUGCUGUGAGUAUACGAAAUGAAGAUAUCAUUGUUACCCUUGAUAUUUGCACCCGGGGAUAUCUGCAGGUGUGGGGUUUAACUAGGAGCGGAGAAAUUCUUCCUGAGGAUGAGAUUCCUCAGUAUUUUGAUAUACUCAGUAUCAAUGAUGGAAGAUCUUAUGAGGUUGUUUUUCCGAGCGGAACCUAUGUUGCUCUGGGUCCUUAUCUGAGCUAUAUCAAGGUGUUUGCGUCUCCAUCAGAUCUAGGAUAUACAGAGGGGUUGUGUGGUACUCUAGACAGAGACCGGAGCAAUGAGUUCUUAAACCUUGAAGGAGAGCAGUCCUGUACUCUCAACCUUGAUGAGGACGAAUGUGAAGAUUUCUCAAAAAGUUGGAUGGUGGAACCAAGUCAAACCUUGUUUUCCGGCUUCUUCAGAGACCUGGAGAUAAACCAAACCGAAUCCAAUAUCUCCAGUACAAGAACCGAGUAUCAGUGUGCAUGCAGGCUAACUCAGGAAAAUGAAGAAAAGGUUUCGAAACUGAACGAGAUUCCUACAAGUCAGUUUCAGACUUCUAGAGAUCUAGAUCUCCAGGGAGAGCUCACUUGUAGCUCUGAAAGAUGUUUUGACCAGAGAUCUUUCUCCGUCCUGGCCGGAAUCCUGAAAACUGCUGCUAACGAAGACCUAACCCGUCCCGAGAUCCGCGUUCUAGAACAAGAAUCUGCUGAGAGCCAAGUAGCUACAGUUACUUUCCUGGGUGGUCCUGUAGUUCCCCGCCCACAGGAUGGUUGGACCGCUGCUACAGCAGAAACCUUCUGUGCGGAUUAUAUCCGGGCUAGCUCUGCAGUAGGACGGUGUAGUGGAGUACCUGGAGUAGAUGUAGUUACAGCGGAGAUAAAUUGCCAGAAAGAUGUUUUGUACACUGGAGACUCUAGAUAUGCUCUGCUCCACCUGGACAGGAUCAAGGAGGACUGCAGGGACUCCGUCACCAGGAACACCUCGUUGUGGGAGGUUGGGAACUCCAGACACCCCGCCCCUCCUCCUGAUAUAGUUGACACACUUUGUAUCAACGACUGUAGUAAUCACGGGCAGUGUAGUUCAGGUGUAUGUCUUUGUGCUGAGGGUUGGACAGGCGCAGAUUGUACAAUAGAUCUCCGCACUGGACCCAGAGUAGGAGCUCUAGGAAACAACGGACUCUGUGAUGUUAGAACCCGUCCCUGCAGGAACCUCAUUAUACUCGGAGAUAACUUUGCAAACCGACCUGAUCUAUCCUGUACAUUCGAGGUUUUCAAGAUACGUGGUGUUGCGAGUAAACAGCUGGUUCAGGAUCUUGUCAUUACUUCUCCUGCAACCUUUUCCUCCUUUCAGGAGAUUACGUGUACCCUUCCUACCCUGGAUAUUCAUUCCAACAAAGAGAGACAUAGAUUCGAUCUGCGGGAUAACACGGAUCAAACCAGGAUGUUUGUCAAGGUCCUGGUCCACUAUGGAUCGGGUCCCAGGUCCCAUCCCUUGGACCUCCUUCUCUACGAUACACAGUGCUGGCAUUGUUCCAUUACUGGAGAAUGCAACGCUAAGAGCAACAACAAGUGUGUAUUUAGCGCAGCAACAACAGGAAUUCAAACCUUCAGGAUCGGGAAAUCCAUCAGCAAUGAAAAAGAUGAAUUUCAAGUGUGUCUCUUACCUCACGAUUCUGGAGGAUGUGACAGGAAGGAAUUCAGAUACUACUACAACUCUCUAGAGAGACGCUGUAAGCUGUUUGUAUAUGGUGGAUGUAAAGGAAACCAGAACAAUUUUAUCUCCGAGGUUGAUUGUGUGAGACAGUGUGGAGAUGAAACUGCUCUUGAUGAUCUAACAGAUCUCACUAAUAUAGAGAUAGUUACUCAGGAGAUAGAUCAGUGCUCCCAGGUAAAGGAUGAAGGGAUCUGUCCGGGAAAUGUUCCGAGAUUCUAUUUUGAUAAAACCGCCGAGCGAUGUCUCCUGUUCUCCUACGGCGGUUGCGGCGGUAAUACAAAUAAUUUUGUGACUGAGGAGGGAUGUAUUUCAACCUGUGGAGGUCCAGCUGGGGCUCUUCUUCAUGCUAUUCAACUUCAUGGAGGUUUGAAGCCUAGGCGACCGUUCUGCAGUUUAUCUAUUAACCGUGGUGGAUGUCAAGCUAAACUUAGAAGAUUCUACUUCGACAGCAAGGAUGAAACUUGCAAGCUAUUCGUCUUCGGGGGCUGUCAAGGCAAUGAAAAUAAUUUCGAGACCAUGGAGGAUUGUGUGAUUAAAUGUGGAGGACCGGUUGAAGAUUCAACCUCCACCUUUACUUAUCCGACAUCAACCUUGCUAAUAGAGGAUACAACCCAACCACAAGCUAGACCUACUCUACCAGCCUUCCUUAUCAGCACAACUCCGUCCACCAGUGAAGUGAAGGACCUGGAGCUGAAGGACCAGACCAGAACCUCAACACAGAUUAUCUUGGACAGAUUAAAUACAAGCAGGCCUACGUCUAAACCUACUCAAAUAUCAUUUCGAAGUAUUAACCUACCUUCCACCAGUCCUUGUGGACUACCUAGAGAAGUUGGAACAUGUUCAUCCUACCGGGAGAGAUACUACUUCGAACCCGAGUCGGAUCUUUGUAGAAAAUUUAGAUACAGUGGAUGCGGAGGGAACGGAAACAAUUUCAUGACAGGAGAUAAUUGUGUCAAGAACUGCGGAGGAAAAAUUGAAGAUUUUAUCGUCUCCAAGAAGCAUAUAACAGAGAGGAUUGUCAUACCCUCCAUGAAACUAUUGACCACAACCACUACCAGCACCACCACCACCACCACCUCCACGACUACCACAGCCACUACGACAACCACAACUAUUUCCACUACUACCACAGAAGUUGAACCAGUGACUGAUAGUAGUUUGUUUAAACGGAGAAAAAUGAAACGGGUUCGGAUGGCGCCCAGAGAGAAGACUGAUCAAGGUGGGUCGGAGAACUCUGAUAAUAUUGCCCAGGAAUCAAGUGAUUUUAUUACAAGAGCUAGAUUCAGAGAACCUCAGGAAUCAAGAACAAGAUCAAGAGUUUCAUUCUCAUCCUCCACAAGCGUAGUUUCGUCAUCUAUGUCUUCUGAUCAUUUCCGAGGCCGGAGACCUAUAACCUCCGAUAGUUUGGAUCACAUUUCCCAAUCCUCUGAGGUUGGCUCCAAACCUGAAGUCAAUUCUAGUUCUAACAUUACUCGAACUAGAACAGGUUCAAUUCAAACUCCAAGAUUUGAGGCAAAAUCAAAUUUUUCUCGGUCACGGUCUUUCCGCCAUAUUCCGGACCGGGACUCUAUCCGGCCGAAGCUGGGGCGGAGACCCAUAUCAAGAUUAUCCGUCGCAGGGCGGAGAAUUGAUGAGGUUGUUAAAGCUCCGCCAAACAGUGCUGGCGGACUAGUUGUUAUUCGAAGCUUUUGUAGAUUUCCUCCACCGAGAACUCCAUGUACAAACCCAACUCUAUUCUACUUCUACGAUGUAUCCUCUGCAUCCUGCGCCAGGUUCCAGGGUUCCUGUGUAACUUCACAGAAUAAAUUUGUAUCCGAGGAGGAUUGCAUGAGAACCUGUAUAGUCCAAGGAAGGAACUAGAACGGAGAAUCUACAAACUUCAUAUUGAAUUCAUCUCGGUUUCCGUCAUCCCGUCUCAUGAAUGAAUAGUAAUUUAUACCUAGAGAUCUGCAAACCUUUACUCUGCGUGCAAUAUUCAUCUUUCUACGGCAGAAUGCUCAAUUUCGCACACGAACGGUGGCCUAAGGCGGUCCAAAUAUGACACCGCUUUCUAGUUCGUAUGUACAAGUGUAUGUAUGAUUGUACGGCAAGAGCUGUACUGUGUACAUGUGAUAAAAGUCUGAAAGUAAAUUUAGUGAAGGAAGGUUUGUGUCGGAUUUGACAGAAAUAAGUUUGCGGAAAGUCGGAAGUGUGUGUUUAACGGAACACUCAAAUAAAAGACUCAGUAGAGGUGAAUUACCAAAAACUUUGCCAAAAAAUGUGACAUUUUUCACACGUAGUGUCCCAGCGCUUGGUUUCAUUUUUCAGUUAAAUCACAGAGAAUUGUACAAUAGUGUACACAAGUCAAUAAUAUAUAUGAUGUUAUUUCUUCUAUGUAAAGUUUAUAUUUGUAGCGUACAAGUUUUUAAAACUGGAGAAAUCCCAUUUUGUGCCAAUUUGUUGGUUCUAUUGUUCAUGAUGUCCCAGAGACAAAAUUUGACUGAAAUUGAAGUGGGAAAGUCUGGUGAAUCAGUUCAAUGUUUGAUUGAUGUUGGAUGUGAUAUAUCUACAAGAAUUUAUAUAUUUGUAUCAUUUAAAUAAACAUCUUUAAUUACAUAGAAAAGUCAUUGAAAAUUAGC